UUUAAAAGAUAUGUGCCUAUUAAACAUAUACCAUCAUGCAUGUUUGAAUACGUUUUAAUUGGAAAGCGCCGUAAACAUUUUUUAAGAUUGGUUAACUUUUUGAUAUUAUACAAACAAAAAUUCUGAAUUCCUAAGAGGAAGGAAUGAAUUCAAAGUUUAUUUACCAGUGGAUCCCUUUGACUGAUGAAGCGAUGGUACAUUUUGUUUAGGAAUAUCCUGAUGUCUUCUUAUCGAUCAGAAAUAUAUUUACAAUCAUUAUGAUUCAUCGUCGGACUACUCGGUUCAUGCAUUAAGACUUUGAUGGACUUAUUUUCGAGAUGACAAUAUCAUGCGAUAAGAGCAAAUACAUUUACAUGUAUAUAUGAUAUCCCUCUACCUGCAGACAGAGAUAUAGUGUGAACAAUAUUUACACUAUUAAUCUACAAUGACAUGAUUAGUAAUUGUGCAAAUGUUGAUCCCAUUCUCCGUGUGAUAAACAAGGAAGAGGUGAAGACAUGUUUCUCAAGAGAAAAAAUCUAAUGGAAAAGAUGUAAAACGUGCACAAAGUUGAGGUUAGAUAACCAUACGUAAUAGCAUCCAGAUCCCGAGCUUAAAUGACAAUUACAAAUGUAAGAUUGGUCCUAUCGAAUGACAAGCCAUUGAAAAGACAUCAUCAACACAGUUCCUGAGUAAUGCACAACAAAGGCUACUUUGGGUGCAACGAGUGUCAUGACCAGGUCAACACAUCCACACAUUGUUAACGGUCAACAUAGAAGUAUAAUGAAUAUUUCAUGGUCAGGAAGCAGGGCCAACAUGGUUCAUUCGGUCAACAAGACACGUUGUGAUGUAUGGUACCUGGAAAAGAGACAUCAGCGGGAUUCUUAAAGUAUGUUGGUUUUCAUAUAAAAGAGAAUCCACUUGUAUUUUAAAAGUCACCUGUAGGUGUCAAAUACAGGAAAUCUUUGAUGAAGACCAAAUAAAAAGAUUAUUCCUCCUCGACAAAAUGGAACCAGUCGGAGUUCAAUUGAUCUAAACAAUACAUGACAGUGGUAGUGUAUCGAUGAGAGGACACACAGAAAUUAUAACAUCGUCCAUAAGGCCGUGUCUCCAGACAGUGUCGAAUUAGCGCUUUUUGUCCAAAAAGGCGACAUAUACAGACCUUCCAUGCUCAAGGUUAUGAAAUUGGAUUCCUGUAAAUAAAAUGAAGAUUUUUACAGACCUUGGAGGUUUUGUGAAAUGUUUGCUGUUGAGGGUUGGAGAAAACUGACUGAUGUAUGCUUUGGGGUUUUUUCAGCGACAAUUUUUCUAAGACAUUCAUAAAGCAGGGGAGGAAAGAUAUAAUUAUGUCUAACUUUCAGGAUAUCUUUUAGGCUUGUUAUAUACCUUUGAAUACAGGAAUGAAAGUGUCAUUUUUCAACCUAUGAUAGGAAUUCGACCAAUUUUAAUUAUAGAAUUGACAAUGCAUUUUGAUGUUUGUAUAUUAUGAUAUAUAUUUUUGCUGAUAUGUAGUGUUGUAAAGUAUUGACUUGAUUUCCCAGUCAUGCAUAUAUUAAUGUCUGUUUCAUAAUCGGCUUCAUCCCCUAAUCCCUGAUAGUGAGCACCAUGAAUUUUUGCCAGUAUUUAAUUAUUUCAAACACUUUUAAACCUCAAAACAGGCACAUGAAUGUGUAGUUUUGGUGAUUAAAUAGUUAUUGUCUUGCAAGACAAGAAUUCUUCCUUAUAUAUUCCUUUACGCUAACGUAGUUUUAUUAGGUUUCUCUUCUUUUUGUAUAGAAUAAAUAUUUUAUUAGUUAUUGAUAUAUAUUCCUAUGCCAUUGAGAGAUGUUGAGGGGGGGUGGGGGGUGGGGGGGGGGGGGGUGGUGCCAUCACUUUAACAGUUAACUUUAAGUACUUUACGGAGAAGAUUAUAUGGUAUAUUUUUCAUCAUAUUCAAAAAUAGACGAGUGAACUUUUCAUGCAAAUGUUGGAUGAUUGAUAAACAAAAUUAUGUACUUAUGCACAUCGGUAUACAUAAAUCUAUAUACAUAUAUGUAUAGAAUAUUAUUGUAUAUUAUCUUAAUAGUAUAUUAUAACGAUUAUUAUAUUUUUGUGAUACGACAAUCUUGAUCUGUACAUGUAUAACACAAUAUAUUUUGUAUACGGGAGAGGUUUUCUAAGCAAAGAAUCAAGUCCGAAAACUGUCCAUUCUUUGAGAGAAAGAACUGUUGGAGGCCCGAAGGGCCGAUAAUAGUUUUUUUCUCUCUCACUGAAUGGACAGUUGAAAGACUUUAUCCUACUGGAACACAUUUGAUUGUCUGGAGACUGAGGCGCAUAACAAACAUUUAAAUAUUAAGGUGUAUUGUUGAACUUGAUAGACUUGAUGAACAGGCAAAUUUAAAUCAUAACUCACUUACUUCCCAUGUAAACUUUCAUGAUUGAAAAUGUCCUCAUCGAAUGGAGAAAAUAUAUUUCUUACUCAAUCAAAAUCCAGAGAUCCCGAGGAAAGCGUCAAUACAGAUGGCAUUUUGAGUGACAUACUAGAUAUAGAAAAAGAUGAUUGCAGACCACAACCAAAAAAUUAUCUAAAUCUAAAUCUGGAUUUGUUCUUCGAUGUUUCUGAGGAUGAAUUAGUGGAGACUAGCCAAGGUGUUUAGAAUGUGGAGAUGGCAAUUGUAUGAAAAAGAUGGAAAGUUGUCGUUCCUGUCAUUAAAAUGAUUCCGCUUGUAGUGCAUCUAGUGAGAUUAACAUUUCAUCAGGAAAUAUGUCUUUCCCAUUUAAAUUUUGAUCCAAAAAGAGGAUAUUUUGUUGAAUAUAUUUUCAAACAUUCAUGGAAUGGAUCUACCAUAGCCAGCAUUCAUGUACAAAUUGUGUGAAAAGGAUGAAACGUUGUGUUUAUCGUUGAAGAAAACUUCUUGAUGUGCAUGUUGAAGUUACAUGUAUUAUGCAUCAGGAUAUCAGGUGUCAUUUCGCACUGGAUAUGUCAUCUCCAAAGAUGAUAUAUUGUUAAAAACUUCAUAAACAAAUGUUUGAUAUUUAUGCGUAAAUGUGUAUUAAAAUAAUAUUUGCUCUUUUUCAUCAGGCCUAUUGUUGAGUUCCAGAAAAAAAUUAAGUUUUAUGUAUUUUUCUUGCUUUCAACAUGUAAAACAGUAGGCUACAUUAAGAUAGAAAAAAACACCUGUCCUUUAUAAGUUACAUGUGACUUAAUGUACUGUUUUUAGAUAUCCAAAUCUAUUACGCAAUAUAAUGUACAUGUACCAAAAAAAAAAAAAAAAAAAAAAAAACCACACAAAAAGAUUACAUAAUAAAAAUAUUUUAAGUUGUUAGAAGUUGUAACUCAUCCCUUUGUAUAUUUAUUCAAUAAAAUAUGUUCAAAUCAAAUCAAAAUUUAAAAAAUAAUGAGAAAAAGUAAUAUCAUACACGUAUAUAACAUGGCUACACAGUUCACCAAACUGAAUGCGGCCUAUCUGCGCCAUAUUGCAGGUACAGAUGCAUGUUCAUUUAGCCUGAUUUAAUGCAUUUAAUCCUUGAAAAAAUGUAAUUACAAAGGAGUAAUCAGUUUAAUUGAUCAUUGAAUCAAGUACACCUUCUUCUUCUUCUUUUUUUUUAUCCUGACUGAUACAGAUUAGCACACCAUAUAUUGUCGUUCGACUCGUAACAUAACUAGUAAAUGUUGUACAAAGGUGAAGGUCAUGUUUGUUUGGUUAUUGGAGGUUGUUGUUCGUUACCUUUACAUGACUAAAUAAAAUAGUGACGAGAUAUAGGCUUAAACCAUGGAUGACGCUCGAACCUGAUGAUUAAUCACAGAGGAAGAGAAAAUCUUGAAUUUAGCUGCUGAAUAUGAAAUUUGCAAGUCUUGCUAUGAUUGUCUGUGCUGUGGCAUCAUUGGUUGAUUCUGAAGACUCAUGUGAAGCCUCAAGAGGAACAGUCACCAAAGUUUACAAAUGUCCAGGAAAUGAAACAGAGUGGAUUGAGGCAGCCCAAAGAAAGAACUGUACAGCCCUUGCUGGUGCAUGCUCAGAGCCAGCCAGAUUUGUCUACCACUGUGCAUUGAACCCAUAUGUCAAUGAAACACUUGAAGUGUGUGCGUAUGGAAGGAAUAUAUUUCUAGGGAGAUGCACCGAGUACAGUAUACUAGGAAACUUAAUCCAGGAGAGUGGAGAAUCCUGUCGUAUGUUUUCAAAUCCUUGCCCUGUUAUAUAUGCAUCCAGUGAAGCAUUCAAAUAUCAGGAUUGUUACGCCCUAGUACAGAGACCAACAACCAGCCAACCGACAACUUCUUCCUCUGUUCAAGCGUUAACAACAGCCAUCAAUAAAGUUACUGAUAAGACAAUGGUAAACACAUCAAUAGGAGGAUUCACUACCCCAGAAAACACGACAGAAGGAUCAAAGAAGAAAGAGUUUGGCGACAGUACACUACAAAGGGUUGUAUUGAUCACGGUGUCACUACUGGUUGGAUCUUGUGUACUUAGUCUAGUCUCUGUCAUAAUUUACCUUCUGAGAAGGAAAAGGCAUGAACCAAUUCCUGUAACUCCCAUGAGUCAAAGAGGAGGUUCUUGUACUGAUGGCAGUGAUAAUAUAUCAAUGGCUGCAGUACAUUUCAAACCAGUUGCAGAUGAAGGAGCGUCCUUUACAUUGCCCUCUGGAAAAGUACCUGCAGAUAGGAAAAGAGAUCAAAGAAUGGACACAUUUGAAGAUCCAGACUAUGAAGUAAAUGAACGUCAACCUUUGAUCAGGAAAGAUGUGCUGGAGAAGCUGGAUGAUCAAGUAGAGAAAUUUAUGAAGGAAAAGUCGAUCAGGAACCCUGAGGAUGAUACAGAACUUCCCAAAACCUUGAUGGAUUUGUAUGAAAAUGGUGCUGAAGAUUAUUCUGAUGAGAUUAUCCCAUUUAUCGAGGAAUGUAUUCAAAAAGUGGUAGAAGUAAACAAUUAUUUUAAGAAACAGAAACAUAAAUCAACACGGAUCAAAACUGAAGAUGAAACAUGAUGAUACACAGUGAUGGAGCAUUCGCUUUGUGAUGGGAAGGUCAUGGAUUUGAGUUGAUACAAGGUGAAGAUAAUGAACAGAUCAAUCUCAUAACUCCUACAAGCAAUACAAAAUAGAUAGUUGGGCAAACACGGACCCCUGGACACACCAGAGGUGGGAUCAGGUGCCUAGUAGUCUAGUCAAUCUAGCUCAAAAAUGAGCAAAACCUCAAACUAAUUGCAACAGAAAUGAAAUUUUGAUUAUUCAUGCAAGAAAACACAUGCAAACAACAUAUUAAAAAUCGGCUUUUGUAUUUCCAUGGGAAAAUUGGAAUUUUGGGGUAAAAUGAUGUGUUUUUUCAUGAAAAUCGCUAAAAACUGGAAAUUAAAGAAAAUGUCCAUUUUAUGUAACAUACAGUAAAAAUAAGUUUCAUAUCUCAAAUUUCAACCUGGAAAUGUUCGAUUAAUUUUUUUUUACAGCAAAAUAUAUUCUUUCCUUGACUGUAAUUUUUGGGUAAAAUCUUGCUUUUUUUAAUAUAAUUGUUAAAGAUUGAAAUUUUAAGAAGAAAACCCACAUUUUGUCAUACGUUUGAGUCUACCAAUAAAAAAUUGAAGUUAGGAUUUAUUUUAAAAACUGCUAAACAAAUAAGAUAUAUAGAUUAUUGGCAAUAUAUUUGAAAAAUACCAUUUUAGGUUGGAAAACCUACCUUUUUCUAACACAAAAAUAGUGAAAAACUGGAAAUGAUAGGAAAUGACUGUUUUAUAGAAGAGAUGACAUUGAUCUUAUAAAUUUAAGAAUAAAACAUCCAAAUGCACAACUAAACUUUUUUGCACCAAAAUUUAUUUUCCCUUGCCGAAUUUUGGGCUGAAAUCUUCAUUUUCCAACAAAAAUCGUUAAAAACUGGAUUUUGGAAGAAAAUACUUUUUCCUGUCCAUUAGGCAUAUAUGAGUUACCACAUGAAGAAUUAUACAUUAAAAUAAACUGUUAACACAAAAAAAGUGCCCCUUCAAAAAUGGUCUGUAAAAGAUGACCUACAUUUUUGCAGUUACUCCCCUUACAUCGGAAGUUGGAGGCGCGCUUACCAUUCCGGUCCUAUAUUUCACAUAAAUAAUGUAGUAUUUUAAAACAAACAGUGUAUAGUAAAGCUUACGUUACCAAAUUCUUUAUUAAGCUGAGUUUUAACAGUUUGUACUACAUCUAUGACGAAACAAGUUUCAGUUUCUUUGAUUUUAUAUAAAGAAAUCUUUAAUAUGUGCACUUCCUCUCAAGUUCUAGAGUUUGGGAAAGAGGGAGGAGGGGUAUAGCCGUAUUUGAUGUUUAUUUCUAUCCAAAUUAUUGUGCAAUUAAUACCGAAAAUUUCAGGAGUAAUCUGUUUUAAAAACAAUGGACACGUAGAAUUAAAAGCAAAAUGAAUCAGGCAGGCAGCAUCGUAAAAAAAAAAAGGGGGGGUGAAGAUAAUUUCACAAUAUUGCCUGAAAAUUGACAAGUAAAUUUUAAUCCAAAGUUAUAAAAAUCCUUGAUUGUGUGUGGUGGGGGGGGGGGGGGGGGGUAAGGUUGUUCUCUCAGUUCAAUUUUACACUUCCACUGUGUACAGUUUACGAGAAUGCUAUUUUAAGGGGAAAAAAGAGGAGGGAGGGCAACCAAUCUGUCUAAAAAUCGACCUCUGUACGUAAAAAUUUAUCAACUUUGCAUGUAAUGAGAAAAGGUGUAGAGCCAUUGCUACGUGCCUGAUAAUUAUAUAAGUGAUCAUUUGAGUAAUUGCAGUACAGUUCAGUCCAUGUUUUUACAAGUACAACGGCUAGUGUCACAAUUUGCCUUGCAUUUACAGCGAAAAACGUUCAAAAGUUUAUCUGGCGCGACUUGUAAUUAAGUUUUAACGGAUACAAGAAUUGCUGAAAAGUGAUAAGCCCCAAUUCGAAGGAUCCAAAUUAAUCAUUUCUUUAGUCCACUCUAUGACUUAAAAAAUAAUUCUUGCAGUGCUCCUCUUCUGCAGCUGUAGUUAGUAGUUAAUAGUGGCAAUGACUGAACUUAUAAAAAUGAUAUUGUGUUAGAUAAUACUUCACAAAGCAAAUCUCCUAUAAGUGUCUCUGUGGUAUUCCAUCUACAAAGUCGAUAUGACAUCGACACCAGAAUAUAUCUUUUUGCUCUAUGAAAUCCUCAUAUAGGAAGGUGAAGAUAACGAACAGUGAUCCAUCUCGUAACUCCUAUAAGCAAUACAAAAUAGAGAGGUGGGCAAACACGGACCCCUGGAUAUACCAGAAGUGGGAUCAGGUGCCUAUGGACUAUAAGGAGUAAGCACCCCCUGUUGACCGGUUACACCCGCCGUGAGCUCUAUAUCUUAAUAAGGCAAACGGAGUUACCCUUAUUCAAUAUCAUUGUGCCAAAAACGGCCUAACAAUCUAUAUGAAACAAGUUAGACAGAUUUGACCCAAUGAUAGGUUGUAUUGGCAAAGUAGAUUGUUAUAACGACCAUAUAAUCGCGAAAUGCUGACUUUAAACGAAACAGUUGAAACCCUUCACCAUCAACUUGUUUGUCAGUAGCCUGCCUCCAUUUAAAAACUAAUCAUAUACAGAAUUUUUUCGCGAUUUGUCUACAUUUUGACUAUACAGGACCCGUUCCGAUGCCGAACAUUCUUGACGUUGUGUCGCAUCUUGUGAAUGCAUGUAGAAAGGCAAGGAUUGACAAACUUCGUUUCCCAAAAAGACGUCUGGUUUUAACGAUAUUCUUCACUUAGGGACAAGAUCAAAAAUUCAAUGUCUCACAAAAAACUAAGUUCACAUAGUUUUCACCAAGAACACCCCCUCCCCCUUUAAAACUUAAUAUGACAAAUGUUGAAACUACAUAUGUAAUCGAAUAACAAGAAAAGAAACGUACGAUUAUAAAUAACACUGUAUACUUUUUCUACUGUUUAUUCACAAAUGAAAGUGUACAUUAAAUCUAUUAAAUGUUCAUUAAUAUGUUUUAAAUAUUAUGUGGUAUUCAACAGUCGCUUGUCUUUUUCCUUUUUCCACUAAAGUGUAAUCGAUGUCGGAUGACAGAAACUUACAGGAGUUUUUAUUCCCCCCCCCCCCCCCCCCCCCCUAGCUAAUUGAAUUUAAAUUUUCAUCCGACAUUGAUUUCGUCCCUUAGGGCAGUUAUGUUUAUUUCAGAGUUCGUUGCUAUUUCUGUGCUUUAUAUAUAGACAUUUCAAACACAAUGUGCAUUUUGUAUGAUCCUCUAAAAUUUACGAUAAAUAACUGUAUCCCAUUUCCAUUCUCAAUGAUCGUGUGCCAGCGUGGCGAGAAUGCCAUCGUCAUCGAAAACAAGUUUUGUCUUGAAUAGAUGGCCGGACGGUCUAGCGCGCUGUUCGCAUGCUGCUAGGAGAUGUGGUUCCGCAGGUCGUGAGCCCAAGACUAAUUAGAAAGAGUAACUACUCGAUUUUACACCAAAUCAUGAUACUAUGCGCAAGUGUUUAUUAUUUAUAUUAUCAAUGUUUUAUUAUCUUUAUUAUUACCCAUGAAUGAUUCCCCAAACAUGAAUUUGAAAAAGAAAAGCAAAAA